AUGGAGGACGACGAUGUUCCUCAGCUGUCCGCAGCUACGUUGGACAUCCUGAAAGAGUUCUACAGCGAACGAGAUGCCAGACAGAAAGCCUUCGAGGAUCUUAAGGCUCAGGCAGAAGAUGAGUUCGACGGCAAGAAACCGCUUUCCAUGGACGCAUUCACCGAGGACUGGAACGCAAGCCAAUUCUGGUACAACGACGAGACGGCCUCGAAACUCGCCCAGCAAUUGCUGCUCGGUGCCAGGUCGGAUACCAGAAUCGCCGUCGUGUCAGCCCCAAGCGUGUUCCUUCAACUGAAGAAUCAACUCGCCGAGCAAGCCCAGGCCUUGCGACCACAGCUCACGCUGCUCGAGUUCGACGACCGCUUUGGCGUCUUCAAGGAGUUUGUCAAGUACGACUUCGAGCAGCCCAUCAAGCUUCCUGUCGAGCUCAAGGGACAGUUCGACGCCAUCAUCUGCGACCCUCCUUUUCUGAGUGAGGACUGUCAGACCAAGGCUGCGUUGACUGUGCGCUGGCUUGCCCGGGCCUGGCCAUGCACAGGUCCAGAUACUGACCAGCACAGACUCAAGCUCAUUGUGUGCACUGGAGAGCGCAUGGAAACCUUGAUACAUAAGCUCUAUGCAAAGGUUGGCGUCGAAACCACCACCUUUGAGAUUGUCCACGCAAAGGGUCUGAGCAACGAGUUCAGGUGCUACGCCAAUUUUGAAUCUGAUCUCUGGAAACUCCAGUAA